GACCGUCAUCAAGCCAUCGUCUGUUGCAAAAGAUCUACUGGAUAUGCAUACGAAUAUCACGCUAUACGCAUCAAGCCGUUACACUGCCAUAUGCACAAGCUCUCACUUAUACAAUGGCGAUUCGUGAAUCAUGUUUCUUUCAUUUAGCUGAAUUCUCGUGAUUAUCUUGGCGCCAUGCUCAGCAGCUUUUCUCAUGUAGACAGCCGUAUAAAAGACUUCUUUGAAAACUACGCCCCCAUGCGCCUUUAUCUAGCCAUUGCCAGCACAGCAUUCAAAAGUGGUUAUAUACUCCUAAACCCCUCUUCACUUUUAAAUCACUCAAACCUUCUCAUUCUAUCUCAAUCUGAUAGCUAAGCAUUUUCACAUCUCACAUAAGAAAGUCCAGACGCAGUACUUGGCAAUCAUGGCUGCCAUCCCGGCACUUAACUACCCUAUCACCGGCCCUCCAAAGCCUUCUCCUGCUCCUGCUGACGGAUCUGUUCCCUUGAGGCGUGAGAUUCGUGAUCUCCAACAUAACUUUCCUGACCAAUGGACGCUUUACAUACUCGGUCUUCAGGCCUUUCAACAACUUGACGAGAAGUCAGAUUUAUCAUGGUAUGGAAUCGCGGGUAUUCAUGGACGCCCCUAUCGUCCCUGGGGUGGGGUACAAGGAGAUAACCCGGCUGGAUGGCAGGGCUACUGCACCCACAGCUCCAUUCUCUUUGCACCAUGGCAUCGUCCGUACCUUGCAUUGUUUGAGCAAUACCUGUAUCAAAUCAUACAAAAGAUCGCUGCUACGUUCCCCACUUCCACAAAGGCCCGUUAUCAACAAGCUGCCCUGACUUUCCGUAUGCCAUACUGGGACUGGGCUGCUGCACCCCCCGCUGGUGAUAAGUACUUUCCUACUGUUGUUGGACAGCCAUUGAUCCAAAUCAUUACUCCAACCUCGAAUAAUAAGCCAGUUCAAAUCAAUAAUCCACUCUACUCCUACAAAUUCAACCCAUUGAAUCCUUUAAAGGGUGAUUUCCCUAGUGCUCCGGAAUCACGAUGGCCAACCACUCUUCGGUAUCCAACCAGUGGAAGUGCAACCGCCAAAUCUCAAGAGCAACAGGUCUUUGACGCUAUGGAAUCACAAUUUGAUUCGUACCAAAGUAAUGUUUACUUGAUCAUGAGAGACCCCAAUUAUAAGCAGUUUGAUGCCUUUAGCAAUCACCAAUGGGCAUCAAACAAUGCUCCGGGAACAUAUGGUAGUAUCGAAGAUGUGCACAACAGUGUUCAUAGUGAAACUGGUGGGAAUGGACAGAUGGGCGAUCCUGAUUAUGCAGCAUUUGAUCCAUUGUUCUGGUUGCAUCACACCAAUGUCGAUCGUCAAUUUGCCAUCUGGCAAGCAUUAAACCCCAACAGCUAUGCAAUCAACAAGCCUUCCGGCGAUGGAACAUUUUCCAUCCAAAGUGGUAGCCAAGAAACAAGCACUACCCCCUUGACGCCAUUCAACAAUGCCACUGGGAAAACCUACUGGACUUCCGAAGGUGUGCGUAGUACAGCCACGUUCAACUACGCCUACCCCGAGACUCAACAAUGGAAGUAUCCUACUGCCCAGCAAUAUCAAACGAGUGUUCUCGUCGCAGUGCAGACAUUGUAUGGAGCUACUAGUAACCAAUUCAUGCAAUUGAUGGGCGUACAAACUGCUGCUGCACCAGAACAAAUUUCUACCCAGGCCGAAAAUAUUGUUGCAGGUAGCAGUAAUGCAGCUCAGAAACCUACCGGUAAUGGUGCUGCAUCAUCUUCUGACGGACACAACUUUUUGUCAAAUCUUCUUCACAGUUCCGCCAAGGCCAAGCCAAAGCCUGGUGACGCCAUUAGAGGUGGAGAGGACUUUGAGUCCGAGAUUGGAAAACCAUCUGAAGCUCCUGCCGCCGCGGAACCAAUCAAAUACCGUGAAUACAUUUGCAAUAUCCGUGCUCCCAAGCAUAUUCUCCAUCAAACCUAUCGAGUCCGAAUCUUCCUUGGAGAUUUCAAUUCCGAUCCUGCAACUUGGGCAACCGAGCAAUCCACCAUUGGCACCUUCUCUUCCUUUGGUAAAAAUCCCGAAACCACCGGAUGCGGAAAAUGCAUCAAAGACGAAGCACGUUCCCUCAUGAUCUCCGGCACCGUUCCUUUAACCCCCAUCCUCCUCAAACUGUACAAGAAUGGCGAUCUCGGAUCUCUCGAAGUCGAGAAUGUCAUUCCGUAUUUGAGACAAAAUCUCCAUUGGAGAGUUACACUCGCUGAUGGGACUGAGAUUGACAGGGGAGAUGUUGAGGGACUUAAGAUUAGUGUGGUGAGUACAGAGGUGAGGUGUGCGCAGGGAGGGUUCCCGGAGUAUAGUGGGGAGUAUGAGGUGCAUAGUGAGGUUACAGGAGGAAGACCAGCCGGUUUAGGAGAGGGAGAUAGGAUUUAGGUGUUUUUUGAAUGGUAAGCAGUAGGUGAUUGGGAAAAAAUGAAAUUGACAUUGUUUCUUCUUUUCUAGCUAGUUUCAAAAUGCAAAUGUUCUUUCUUUGAUCAUCGUCGAAGUCACUACCUUCGGUGAUUUUGGUGCUAGUGAAGAAUACUGAGCUUGAGAUAGAGUUUGAGGUGACUGA